AGCAGGACUGGCGAAGCUGUGACCGCCGGCCACCAGGGGGAGCCGGCGGCAGCAGCUGGGCUCGCUGGUCUCGCGAGACCCCGGCGGGAGUUCUUGGCGGCGGAAGCGGCGCGACUUCCUCUUUCCGGGUGACUGUGGCGGCGGCGGCAGUGGGCCAAAAUGAAGUUCAAUCCAUUUGUGACCUCAGACCGCAGCAAGAACCGCAAACGUCACUUCAAUGCCCCUUCUCACAUUCGGAGAAAAAUAAUGUCCUCCCCUCUCUCCAAGGAGCUGCGGCAGAAAUACAAUGUCCGCUCUAUGCCUAUUAGGAAGGAUGAUGAAGUCCAGGUUGUGCGGGGACACUACAAAGGACAGCAGAUUGGCAAGGUGGUCCAGGUGUACAGGAAGAAAUACGUCAUCUACAUUGAACGUGUUCAGCGAGAGAAGGCGAAUGGCACAACUGUCCACGUGGGGAUUCAUCCCAGCAAGGUGGUGAUCACCAGGCUAAAACUGGACAAAGAUCGCAAAAAGAUCUUGGAGCGUAAAGCAAAAUCCCGCCAGGUUGGCAAGGAGAAGGGCAAAUACAAGGAAGAAACGAUCGAAAAGAUGCAAGAAUAGAUUAUUUCCUAUUGAAACCAUUAAAGAACUGCUAAAAUUUAAA